CUCGGACCCCGCGCCUUCCACCUCACGUCAGUCCAGUUCGAAAGCCGCCGCUGUCACCACGGUGCCAUGCCAGCCUCGGCCCUCGUCCCCCUGUGAUACGCCGCACGCGAAUUUCCCCCUUGAGGGAUUUUCAACGGAUUGCCACAAGUUUUUCUCGAAUUUGAAUUCGAGGGAUGGCGGACAAAGCGCAGAAGGGACACUGCAAGAAAAACAAGCAUUCACAGUCCCAGGAUGCGAGCGAUGCUGAAUCUGAAUUAUCGCCGUCCCAAAUUCUUGAAAGAGUCAAACCGGACAGGGUGACAGUUACCAAACCUGAAGAAGAUAGAAGAAGAAGAACUAUAAUUGUGGAGAAAAACAAUAAUUCUUACGGGUUUACACUACAGAGUUAUGGGAUCCAUUAUAAAAAAGAGCAGGAAAUUGAAAUGAUUACAUAUGUGGACUAUGUUGAGUACGACGGUCCUGCAUAUCGUGCAGGAAUGAGGGAAGGCGAUGUCAUUUUGUCAAUAAACGGGCACGACAUGGAAAAAACUGACCAUAAAACAUUAGUGAAUUUUAUCAAAAACUGUGAUUCGAGAAUGAGAAUGGUCGUCUUGUUUGAAGAUUGUGUUAGAAAGGUUGAGUUGCACAUGAGGUACAUCCAGCUUCAGAGACUCCUUCAGACGAAGAUGUCAGAAUUGGAAAGGAUCUGCGUCAGAGAGAAAGAACUCAUGGAGGGAAAAUGGAAAACGCACAGUCUCCCGGCUAGGAAAAAAGGUUCAAAAGUAUCCGAGUCAUCCCCACAAAAGGAAAUAGGAGAAAUUGCCGGCUACUGCAGACCAACUGUUUCAACAGAGGAUGUGGCUAGGGCGACGCCGCCUCCUGGUUACGGUCCACCGAUAAUUUUAGCAUAUCGACCCUAUCAAUAUGUUGAUCAACAUGGAAGAGCUUAUAUUAUACAAGGUCCUCAUAAUUCUAGUGAAUAUAUCGCUGGGUGGCCAGGUGGGUAUUCAAGAUCUGAUGGUGGCAAAGGUAUAGUGAGGAGAUGUUCUGCUACCGGGGUGCUCCAUGAAAGUCGUGGAUAUCACCAAACCAAUGGAAUGGCUGCUGCAGCCAAUGUAAAUUCGACCCCGACCAAUGGAAGCAAACAGUCAGGAAAAGUAAAAAGCAGCAGUUCGCGCCAUCAUUGCAACCCGUGCAUACAAAGUGCGACCAGCCCACAGGAUAAUACAAGUCUUGAAGCAUACGACUUGGCAAGUCCUUGCUGUAACUCACAUUGUGUCCCUUCGAGGAGGAGGCGACACCACCACAAGCCAAAGAAGUCCACUAGUGUCGAAAGUGCUAGGGGUAUGGAACAAAAACGAUCUGAUUGGAAGGAAAAAAGCUGUAGUAGAUCAACUCAACCAUCUGGGUACGUUUCAUCUGGCGGAUCCCACAAUCCUAGCCACCGACAUCACCACCAUCAUCAUCAGACAGGAAGAAGAUAUUUCAAUCUUGUGAGUCAAUGCAGUCUCCAUUCAUGUACAUCAAGCGAAGUUAAUAGUGGACAUGAGAAGGGCCAUGGAAAUGACAGUAGCACCGCUUCGUAUACAACAUCACUCAGUACAGACACUCUUUACUGGGAACCUACUAAUAAUGAAAUCACCCGGCAGCACUCGGUAAAAUCCAACUCUUCAUCACACGAACCUUCUAAGCCCAAGUCUUGGGACAAUUUGACAACAAAAGCAUUUGGCGGCUACGGUUUCGGCUACAGUUACAUGGAUAGAAAUCAGAAGCCUCAAAGCACAAAAGCCAAUGCUCAAAAGCCGCCGAAGUACGUUCAGCCGACGAAAUCAUCUGAAUCCCUUUUACUGUUACCCGAAUAUCCAACACUGUCUGACUCGAGCCUCAGCUGCGAGUGUUUAGAUGCAACAUCUCCAACGCCGAAUGCAAACGAUAAAAACAGGUUUUACACUUUGCCGCAGGGUGAACAGUAUUACCAUAGAGACAAGGCUAGUCAGACGGAGCGGAGGAUCGUAAAUGUCCAACAACAACCUGAAGUAACGAGACUGUGAUACCACCAAAUUGAAUUAGUCAAUUCCACUACUGUCUAGUCGUAACUGUGCUUAAACGGAAUGCCAAAGGAGAUCUUAACAUUUUCAAUAUUUCAUGUAAUCCAUUCCAAUUAAUUAAAUUUAAAGGAUUGUUGUACAUUUAAGUUAAAACAAAAAAUGGUUCAAAUAGUUAAUUUAAUAGGGUCAUUUUUAUUUGUAUUUUGUGUGUAAUAGUAAAACAAUAAAUUUCAUUUUGUAUAGGUGAUUGUUUUAUUUCCUCAUUAGAUUAUAUAAACAUGUCUACGUAAUUUGUUAUAUACCUAGAUAAUUAUACAAACAUGAAAUUUCUUGAGAGGAAAUUUAAAGCACAGAACCAAAAUAAUAAUCACUUUAUUUUCUCUCAGUAAUUUGAUAUAACAAUUAAACAAUUAAUAUGUAGGGGUAUUGCUUAUAACUAUAGUCAUCAUAAUAGAAGCAAGUAGAAUAUUUCUAACUAAAAAAUUAAAUGAAUUUAUUAAACAAAAAACAUAGUGGAAGCCAAAGAUUGUGUUAAGUACAUCAGUUAAUUUUCUAAUCAAAGUUAGUGGUUUAUAUUUAAAUAGUAUAUACAAGUUGUUUUUUUGUUUUUUUUAAAUUCCUUGGACUAAUAAUAAAUGUAUGGCUGUUUAAUGCAAAAAAAAUAUUUACUUUCACUGCCAACAAAAUUUCUUCUAGAUGUAAAAAAUUGGAAUAAAAGAUAUCAAAUGUAAUAACGUUUUAAUUAAAUGACUUUUGCAGGAAAAUACAAGUGUUUUGAUUUUUUUUC